AUGCCCCCGGCGGCUGCGCUCGGGGCCCUGGUGCCCGGGCGGCUGCUGCUGCUGCUGCUGCUGCUGCUGCCGCCGCUGCCGCUGCCCCAGCACGCCGGGCUCCUCGGGUCGCGCUCGGACCUGGCUGCCGCGGACGACUCGGCGCGGGGAGGCGAGGAGGGCGCGGAGCAGCAGCUGGAGCCGUACCACGACCCGUGCAAAGCCGCUGUCUUUUGGGGAGACAUCGCCUUAGAUGAAGAUGACCUGAAGUUAUUUCACAUCGACACGGUCAGAGAUGGGAUCAGGCCGUCAGAGGAAGGAGCGGAACACGGACACGGCACAGGUGGGCUGGACGAGCAGCUGCUUGCGAGCUGGCCCAAUACCACAGCUGCAAAUACCAGCGGAGAAGAAGCUAGAAAAGAUGACAAGGAGAACAUCAUGCUCCCACAGAGCUCAGGGACCUCCUAUGCCAGAGCGGCCACCUCUUCGCCCCGGGUCCGAAGAGCCACAACCGCGAGGAUUGAGAGGAUAUGGCCUGGAGGGGUGAUCCCCUAUGUCAUCGGCGGGAACUUCACUGGAAGUCAGAGAGCCAUCUUUAAGCAGGCCAUGAGACACUGGGAGAAGCACACCUGUGUGACCUUUAUAGAGAGGACGGAUGAAGAAAGCUUUAUCGUGUUCAGCUACAGAACCUGUGGCUGCUGUUCCUAUGUUGGGCGCCGAGGAGGAGGCCCACAGGCCAUAUCCAUUGGGAAAAACUGUGACAAAUUUGGCAUUGUGGCACAUGAACUAGGCCAUGUGGUUGGGUUCUGGCAUGAACACACCCGGCCGGAUCGAGAUCAGCAUGUCACCAUCAUCAGAGAAAACAUCCAGCCAGGUCAGGAGUACAACUUCUUAAAAAUGGAAGCUGCGGAAGUGAGCUCUCUGGGAGAGACGUACGACUUUGACAGCAUCAUGCACUAUGCCCGGAAUACCUUUUCAAGAGGCGUUUUCCUGGAUACCAUCCUACCCCGUCGAGAUGACAAUGGUGUUAGACCCCCUAUUGGCCAGCGUGUGCGGCUCAGUCAGGGAGACAUAGCUCAAGCCCGGAAGCUCUACAAAUGCCCAGCAUGCGGGGAGACCCUGCAGGACUCUACAGGAAACUUCUCUGCACCGGGUUUCCCAAAUGGCUAUCCUUCCUACACGCACUGCGUCUGGAGGAUAUCGGUCACUCCAGGAGAAAAGAUCAUCUUGAACUUCACCGCCAUGGACUUGUUUAAAAGCCGCCUGUGCUGGUAUGACUACGUGGAGGUCCGAGAUGGUUACUGGCGAAAAGCCCCGCUGUUGGGCAGGUUUUGUGGCGACCAGGUCCCAGAGCCCCUCAUCUCCACGGACAGCCGGCUCUGGGUGGAGUUCCGCAGCAGCAGCAGCGUCCUGGGCAAGGGCUUCUUCGCGGUGUACGAAGCUACCUGUGGGGGCAACAUUAACAAAGAUGCCGGCCAGAUCCAGUCUCCCAAUUACCCAGACGACUACCGGCCUUCCGAGGAAUGUGUUUGGAGAAUUACCGUCUCUGAGGGUUUUCACGUGGGGCUCAGUUUCCAAGCUUUUGAGAUCGAGAGGCACGACAGCUGUGCCUAUGACUACCUGGAAAUCCGGGACGGCCCCUCGGAAGACAGCGCCCCCAUCGGCCACUUUUGUGGCUACGAGAAGCCCGAGGAUGUGAAGUCCAGCUCCAACAGAAUGUGGCUGAAGUUUGUAUCUGAUGGCUCCAUCAAUAAAGCAGGCUUUGCAGCCAAUUUUUUCAAGGAAGUGGAUGAGUGUUCCUGGCUGGACCGCGGUGGGUGUGAGCAGCAGUGCGUGAACACGCUGGGCAGCUACAGGUGUGCCUGUGACCCUGGUUUUGAACUGGCUGCUGAUAAGAAGACCUGUGAAGUGGCCUGCGGCGGUUUCAUUACCAAGCUGAACGGAACCAUCACCAGCCCCGGGUGGCCGAAGGAGUAUCCUACCAACAAGAACUGCGUGUGGCAGGUGGUGGCCCCUGCUCAGUACCGCAUCGCCCUGCAGUUUGAAGUGUUUGAACUGGAGGGCAAUGAUGUAUGCAAGUACGACUUUGUGGAGGUACGCAGCGGCCUCUCUGCAGACGCCAGGCUCCAGGGCAAGUUCUGCGGCUCUGAGACCCCCGAAGUCGUCACGUCUCAAGGCAACAACAUGCGUGUGGAGUUCAAGUCUGACAACACGGUCUCCAAACGCGGCUUCCGGGCCCACUUCUUCUCAGACAAGGACGAGUGUGCCAAGGACAACGGCGGGUGCCAGCACGAGUGUGUCAACACGUUUGGGAGCUACCUGUGCCGGUGCAGGAACGGCUUCCGGCUCCACGAGAAUGGGCACGACUGCAAAGAGGCUGGCUGUGCACACAAGAUCAGCAGUGCAGAGGGGACCCUGGCAAGCCCGAACUGGCCUGACAAGUACCCCAGCCGGAGGGAGUGUACCUGGAACAUCUCUUCCACUGCAGGUCACAGGGUGAAACUUACGUUCAAUGAGUUUGAGAUCGAGCAGCACCAGGAGUGUGCCUACGACCACGUGGAGCUGUACGACGGCCCCGACAGCCUGGCCCCUGUCCUGGGCCGCUUCUGUGGCAACAGGAAGCCUGAGCCUGUGGUGGCGUCGGGCAGUAACCUGCUGCUCAGAUUCCACUCGGACGCCUCGGUGCAGAGGAGAGGUUUCCAGGCCCAGCACAGCACCGAAUGCGGGGGUCGGCUGAAGGCCGACGUGCAGACCAAAGAGCUCUAUUCCCACGCCCAGUUCGGGGACAACAACUACCCGAGCCAGGCGCACUGUGACUGGGUGAUCGUGGCGGAGGACGGCUACGGCGUGGAGCUCAUCUUCCGGACCUUUGAGGUGGAGGAGGAGGCGGACUGCGGCUAUGACUACAUGGAGGCCUACGACGGCUAUGACAGCACGGCGCCCCGGCUCGGCCGCUUCUGCGGCUCCGGGCCAUUGGAAGAAAUCUACUCUGCAGGGGAUUCUCUGAUGAUUCGCUUCCACACGGAUGACACCAUCAACAAAAAAGGCUUUCACGCCCGAUACACCAGCACCAAGUUUCAGGAUGCCCUGCACAUGAAGAAAUAAUGCCAAUGUCGCUGAGAAAUAGGAACCGAGAA